GCUGGCCUGGUGUUCAGAUUUCUGCAAUGGGUCUGCUCGUACUUUUCCCAAAGUAUUUUGUUGUAACUCAUCCAAUCCAGGACACGUGAGGUUGUAGGUUUGCAAAUUGCAAUUUCCCUUUUUUUUCCUUACUUGUACAAGACCCACCGCUCAGCUCUUUCUCGUGUCUAUCAAGACUCAUUCCCAAUUGUUAAAGAACAGAACAGAGACUGCCUCUCUGCUUCAUCUCUUUUUUCUAUGCUUAUUGUUGUUUUAGGUUCAAGAAUGUUGGGGAGGAGGCUGUUUCACACAAUCCUUGUUUUAGUAUUGUUCUUUUUUCAAGAUCAUCAACAAGGCAACCGGGUUAGAGCGGAUGAUGCCGCCGGCGUUUUUGUAAGAAGGAGCGGUGUCCAUUUCACAAAAAACGGGAAUCCUUUCUAUUUCAAUGGCUUCAACGCUUACUGGUUAAUGUUAAUGGCAUCGGAUCCUCUGGAGAGGGGAAACGUCACCUCUGUCUUCCAGGAAGCAACCAACUAUGGAAUGACGGUGGCGAGAACUUGGGCUUUCAGCGAUGGAGGCUCAAGUCCCUUGCAGUCAUCCCCUGGUACUUAUAAUGAGGAGAUGUUCAAGGGGUUGGACUUGGUGAUCUCAGAAGCCGGCAAAUAUGGGAUUAGUUUGAUUCUGAGCUUGGUGAACAACUACCCAGAUUUCGGAGGAAGAAAACAAUAUGUUCAGUGGGCCAUGGACCGGGGAGAAGAUUUGAGUUCUGAAGAUGAUUUCUACACAAACGCUCUUGUUAAAGGUUACUACAAGAAUCAUGUCAAGACUGUUCUGACGAGAAGAAACUCCAUUAGCGGGGUUGCAUACAAGGAUGAUCCUACAAUCUUUGCAUGGGAGCUCAUUAAUGAACCUCACUGCGAAGCUGAUGUUUCAGGAGCAACUUUGCAGGAGUGGAUAGAGGAAAUGGCGACUCAUGUGAAAUCGAUUGACGACAAUCAUUUACUGGAAGUAGGGCUUGAAGGGUUCUAUGGUGAAUCAAAGAAGCAACUUAAUCCUCAUGGUUACUCAUUCGGAACAGAUUUCAUUUCCAAUAAUCAGAUUGCACAGAUUGAUUUUGCUACCAUUCAUGCAUAUCCAGAUAUAUGGUUCUCUGAUUCUGAUUAUGGGGCCCAAUUAAAUUUCCUGCAGACAUGGUUACAGGUCCACAUCCAAGACUCAAAUUCAUCUCUUGGCAAACCCCUCAUCGUUGCUGAAUUUGGGAAGUCAUCUAGGACUUCAGGGUACAACUCAAGUCAAAGGGAUACUUACUUUGAUACUCUAUAUAGCAAUAUUUAUGACUCUGCUCAAAGUGGGGGCCCAUGCACUGGAGGGCUUUUCUGGCAGGUUUUGUACCUAGGUAUGGAUAAAUUCAGGGAUGGGUAUGAAGUUAUCUUGGCAGAAAGUCCUUCUACUGCAUCCAUUAUUGCUCAACAAUCUCGCAGGUUAUCAAAGCUUUGCAAUACAGAAAUGCCAUCCAGGCACCAUACAUGAUAGAUCAAUAUCAACCAAACACAGCCUUAAGAUUUGCUUUAGAUGGACAAGAAUAUGUAGUCAGGAGAGUGUAUUCUGAUUUCUGGUUGAAUGGAGAAUAGCAAUGCCAUUCCAUUCGUUUUCUUCGUCAUUAGUUAUGAAUUAUCAUCAAAGUUCUAAAGCCUAUUGGAAAAA